CAUAAAAUAAUUGCUAUGGUAGGAGUUUUGCAGCCUCUACCCUGCAAUGUUGGAGUUCGGUCCCUCCACUCUACAGGAAGUUACCAUAUUCAGAGUCCACUAAUCCAUAUAACAUCACCAGGUCCAAUUAAAUAUUUUAGUUCUUCAAUCCAUCUGAGACUGCUUCAAGUUACAGGUGAUUGCAGAGGUAAAACCAAGGUUUUUGCAUUGAGGAGGAGAAGGGCAAAUGAGAGGACUGAAACUUAUGUGCUAUUAGAACCAGGGCAGGAUGAGAAGUUUGUUUCUGAGGAAGAAUUGAAGGCCACGUUAAAAGGGUGGCUGAAAAAUUGGCCUGGUGAGGCUCUUCCUCCUGAUCUUGCAAGAUAUGAGACCAUUGAUGAUGCUGUUUCUUUUCUAGUGAGGUCUGUUUGUGAACUUGAAAUUGAUGGAGAUGCUGGCUCUGUACAAUGGAUCUGGGUAAGGGGAGGACGAUUGGAGUUGAUAGUGAGUCACACGGCCUUUACCAUCUUGUGGUGCUUAAUUCUCCAGUGGCAUGUACCAUAAUAGAUACUCCAGACCUAAUUCACAAUCGUCUUAGACAUUCGAGACUAUCUACAAUCCAGAAGAUGCUCCCUUAUCUAUUUCGUUUACAAUCUUUGAAUUGUGAGUUUUAUCAACAAAAGAAACAC